AUUGUUUUCCCAAACUCGACAGCGGACAGCCCGUGAAAGCGGGAAGCACGUGGAGCACCAGAGAGGUCCGAAAGCGGACAGGGCAACGCUCCUCGUGGAGGUAGGUGCGACGCUGGGUAAAUUGGUAAUUACAAUGUUUGCACCUGCAGAGAGAGAGAGAGAGAGAGAGAGAUAGCUGCCAUUUCUUCAGUUCCAGUGAGAGUGUGAGACACAGUGAAGACUGAAGUGCCUUUUUCAAUGUGGCAAUUAUUCGCCGCAGCUGUUGCGGCCUCCACAGGGCUCCUCGCCGGAAAACACAUCUUUUUCAAACCCACCGCCGAUACCGAUCCGCCCGCCGAUCACAAUGAGGACACUGCCUGCACAGGCCCCUACAAUUUCUCCGUCGCGUCGGCAUUUCAGUCUCAGCCGCCUCCCUGGGAGACCAGCGACUUCGAGGAGCAACGAGAAGGGACGAUCUUUAGGUUUUCGAGCGAGGCGGCGUCGGGUCGCGGCGGGAGUGGGACGCGGUUCCGGUUGAGGAAGAGAACCGGUUCGAUCAAGAAGAAAGGGGUUGCUGCUGAGGCUGAGAGAUCUAACGGUACAGAACAGAGGAGGACUGCAAGGAGAGGUGUUGGAGUUUGCUUGAAGAGGAGGAAGACUGGGAAGAAUGUAGCUGCUACCAAAUGUGGAUCGUCUUCUUCCAAAGAUUCAACAUUAUUUGGUUGGGGACUUAAUGUUGGGAUCAUGUACAUGAUGUCUGCUGGAAAAGUUGAGAUCAAUAAGCUGAAUACAGCUAUGGAUGAGACUGCAAGAAUUGUGCAGGAGUUAAAAUCUGAGCUUCAUAAAAGAAAAUCACCGCAAAAUCUGCAAGUUUCGGGCUCUGCAGGUGAAGCCAAUACAACUAGUUGCACGCUUACUCAGCCAGAACUCAACAAGUCAAGUACAGAAAACAGAGGCCCCAGUCAUAUGAAAAUGUCCAGUUUUACUGUAUCUGAGGAUGGUGAAUGUGCUAGUAGUGUUCUUACAGAAGAGCAGGAGCCACAUCCUGAGGUUAUGGACAUGGAUCAGUUGGAAGCAGAACUCGAGUCUGAACUACAAAAACUUCCAUGGUGUGCCAUGGAUACUCCUCGCCAUGAUGGAUUGAGUAAUCUGGGCCAGGACAUUGUCUCUGAAGUUACAGCUCAAGGGUUUCAUGACCUAGAGGGACAGGGUUUGGAUACUGAGCAGUUCCACGGAGUAUUGCCAGCUCAACUAGAUCAGAAACUAUGCCAUGUGCUCAUUGAACAGCAGGAGAGCCAAAUUGUGGAGCUGGAAUCUGAACUGCAUUCAGCCCAAUCAAAACUCCAACAGAAAGAAACUGAACUUGAAACAUUGAAGGACUGUGUUAAACGCCUAACCGAGUUAUCUCUUGGAAAUAUCUCAGAUGACGAAAACGAGACAUGCAUUGGACAAGAGCAGAGCAUUGAAUGGAACUGCAACAUGGAGGGAUGUGAGUCCACAAAACCAAUGGUUGGGAUGAAACGACCUAUUGGUUCCGAAUCCUGCAGUUACAAUGCAUGAUGAAACUGUCUCGUAUAAGACUUAAUGCCGUUGUAGGUAAGUAUCUUUUGUUGCAUAGGGGUAUGUGUGAAGGUAUGAAUUCACUAAUUUUAUCGUCGUGUAGGCCCUACCGAUCUAAAUCAACCGAUCUAAAUCAUAAGAGCCCUACAUUUCCUGUGCUGUAUGAAAUGCUAUAGUUAUUAGUACAGAUUGUGGCACCCUACAUUUCCUGUGUUAACAGUCUCAAAACUUGGCAGUUGCUUUUUCUUGCAUUCUGCAGCCACAUGUAAUAUUAAGUUCUCAAAUGCUUAU